AUGGAAAAGGGGGAAGCCAGUAGCAAACAAAACAGAAAAGAUGACGUCAUAAUCUUUGACAGUAGAGACGAAGAAGGAGUGCAGCAACCACAUGAUGACGCUUUAGUGCUCUCCCUACUUGUGGCCAAUUACAUGGUCAGACGCAUAUUGAUAGACAACGGUAGCUCAUCCAACAUCAUGUUCUGGUCGGUCCUGGUUGGAAUGAAGAUCGGCAAGGAACGACUCAAGCAGGUCUCGACCCCCUUGGUAGGAUUUGGGGGAGACACUGUUCACCCCUUGGGUACAAUCACGUUACCAGUAACAAUAGGGACGACCUCGCAGCAGGUAACAACGUUGACAGAAUUCCUGGUGGUCGACAGACCUUCGGUAUACAAUGUCAUUUUGGGUCGCCCUUUCCUUAAUGCAGUUCAGGCUGUAACGUCAACAUACCAUCUUAAAAUCAAAUUCCCUACAUCACAAGGGAUAGGGUUUGUAAAGGGAGAUCAGGCCGCUGCUCGAAGUUGCUAUGUAAUGGCCCCAAAAGGGAAGAUGGAGGCUAGGGAAGCUCUAACGAUGGAAGAUCUAGAAGUAAGGGGAGAGUAUCCCCAGAUUAGUACGGUAGAUGAAGAUAUCAAACACAUACCAUUGAAGGGCCACCAAGAGAGGAGUAUACAGAUCGGGGAUCAAUUGCUCGAAACCUUGAAAGUAGAGCUGAUCGAAUUAUUGAACAAAUUCACUGAUUUGUUCGUAUGGUCGGCUGCAGACAUGCCUGGCAUCAACCCUGCAGUCAUAGAGCACAGGCUCCAGGUCGAUCCCAACCAUAGACCUGUGAAGCAGAAAAAGAGGAGCUUUGCAAUGGAGCGGAUCAGAAUAAUCGAUGAAGAAGUGACGAAGCUGGUACAAGCCAACUUCGUCAGGGAGGUAGACUACCCGGAGUGGUUGAGUAACGUGGUUCUAGUAAGAAAGCCUAACGAAAAAUGGCGCACUUGCAUAGACUUCACUGACUUGAAUAAGGUGUGCCCAAAAGACAGCUUCCCUCUUCCCCGAAUCGACCAGCUAGUAGAUUCAACCUCAGGGCACGAGCUCCUCAGCUUCAUGGAUGCCUACUCAAGAUACAAUUAA